AUGGCUGCCUCUUCCGAAUGCACCGUGCCUGUGUGCUCGAACUCCACUUCCGACACCAAGGUUCGUACUCCUAUGCUGCAUCAUCGAUGCCUGGUGUGCGAUGCCCCAAUUGCCAAGCGCAGGGGAAAGAAGUUUGGGUUAUCCCAGGCAAAAACUGUCACAUCUGUCACACACCUUGUGCGUGAUAGGCUCGAGGUCCUGCAUAUCACUCAUGAGGAAAGAGACUGUAUAUGUGUCAAUACUUUCCGGAUAUGA